GGCGUGUUUUUUUUUGUCCCCAAAUAACGACAGACGUCAGUUCAAAGUACAUGACUAACAUUAGCCCUCGAAGCCUCAAAAUCCAAUCAAUUAACCACGCAGAAUGCUGUUAGUGUUAGCUAGGUAAUAAUAGUUGCUUAAAUUAACGAAAUCAUUAGUUUUGAUACAAAAAGAAACUUUUCGAAUUAGUUAGUUGCGCAGUAUAAUCAAAGUGUUAGCGCAGCGAUUGUUGACCGGUUGAAGGUUCUUAGGAAAAUCUGUGGACGUUGUUGCUAACUUGCUUGCAAGUUGCAAUUGUAUCAUCCUGAGGACUGACGGUGACCGGGUUCACAUUUGUUGCCCUAUGGCUGCGCUUCUCAAAAAGAAAGCAAAGAAAACGAUCGACGGUCACAUUAUUAUAACACUAGGCACUUCAACAACCGCACUUGAUUGAAGUAAUCAAGUAAUGCUUCCGAGUCCCACGAUGCUUAAUAUUGUUAAAAGCUGCUGCAGAAAUGGCCAGUAUGCCUUGGUUCCAAAAUCCUGGUAUUACAACUCUAAAUUAUUGCAGAAAUGCAGCAUGAGCAGCUCUGCAUGCAUCACAGUUUCACCUCCAGCCUGCCAGUUGGAUGAUCCUGUCAACAUUACCAUCUCAGGGCUUAAGAAGCACAAGAUCUACACUCUCCACACUUCCCUCACUGACCAGAAAGGUGUACCUUUCACCUCUGUUGCCCAUUACAGAUCUGAUGAGCAUGGAAUUAUUGACUUGGACAAAACUCCAUCACGAGGGGGGCACUUUGCUAGCCUAUAUCCCAUGGGCCCAUUCAUCUCUAUGGUCCAACAAGGACCUAGUGGGCAACAUGCUAGAAUCCAUCUCACGGACAUGUAUUCUCCUCUGAACUACCAGCUAGAGGUAUACCCUGACGCAGUGGGGUACCAGCUGAUGCAGAAGGGCAAGUCUCUGGGUCUGAAGCCCAUUUGCAGCACCCAGCACACUCGCCGUCUCAUGGGCAAGGGUUGCACCUCAAUACCUGUGAGGCAUGGACGCAUCAGGGGCACUUUGCAUCUCCCUCCAGGUGAGAGCGAGAUUUGGAGUCUCUGA